UUGUGGGGUUGCUACAUUAUUGUGCAAUUGCACAAGUAAAAUACUAACUCACCAUCAUUUCACUAUAAAUAGAGGUUAUCUUAGCGUUGGUUCCUCACACUACACAUACACACAUACAUUGAAAAAAUAAAAGUAAUAUAUACAUCAUGGCUAAGUUUGCGUCCAUCAUCACCCUUCUCUUUGCUGCUCUUGUUCUCUUUGCUGCUCUUGAAGCAUCAGCAUUACGUGGAGGGAAGCGGUGCGAGAAGCGAAAUUCAAGUACAUCAUUUUCAGGAGCCUGUCAAUACGACAAUGCGUGCAUGAAUCAGUGCAUUAACCUUGAGGGAGCACAAGAUGGAAAAUGCAACAAUGCCGUCCCCACUCCUAAAUGUAUCUGUUACUUCCCAUGCUUCCCCAACUCCUAAAUGUAUAUGUUACUUCCCAUGCGAUUCAUCUACCAAAACUCUAUGGUGCUUAAUUGUGUGUGGAUUUUUAUAAAAUAAGUCUGUGUCACUCCAUGAGUGGCUUAAUGGCAUGUACACCUAUGUUUAUGUUGGAUUGGUUAUAAUAUAAAAUUUUAUGCACGA